AUGAUUCCAGAAAAGUUUCAGCACAUUCUUCGUGUUAUGAACACAAAUAUCGAUGAAGACGAAGUCGAAAAACUUGUCACUGUUAUGGCCAACCCUCGCCAGUACAAAAUUCCAGAUUGGUUUUUGAAUAGGCAAAAGGACGUAGAGGAUGGCAAACACAGUCAACUCAUGUCACAGGCUCUGGAUACCAAGCUUCGUGAAGAUCUUGAGCGCUUAAAGAAAAUCCGCGCCCACCGUGGCCUGCGGCAUUAUUGGGGCCUUCGUGUUCGUGGUCAGCAUACAAAGACCACUGGUCGUCGUGGACGUACAGUCGGUGUGUCUAAGAAGAAGUAA